GAGCGCAGCUCCACCGGGGAGGAUCACGUUAGUCUGCGGCCAGCGGAGAGCACACUCGAGUGGGCGGAUCGUAGCGGUGACAGCGACGCUCGCGGACUCCCGACAUACUGUCAAAAAAAAGAGCAGACAACUAACGCCAUGGCAGAGUUAGACCUGAGUCUGAGUGACGCGCUGACGGACAGCGCUCCCCAGCCGGGCCCAGAGGGCCUGGUGGAGAGGGACUUCGUGGCCCAGCUGGAGGCGGAGGCCUUUGAUGACCAGGUCGGAGAGACGGUAGGGAAGACAGACUACGUGCCCCUGCUGGACAACGACGACACCAGGGCAGGUUGUAAGCUGACCGCGGGGGGACAGGCGUCGGCGCUGCGUCCGGAGCCACAGGGGGAGGUGCGGCCACGCUCAUUCGACCAGCAGCAGGCCUUGGCUACAGACUUCUUAUCAGCCUCCAUGGCGGGUUAUUCAGAUCCUGAGGGCUCUCAGACCAGCCCUGCCCAAAUGAUGGAUACUGGCCGGAUGGGAGCUUUCCCAGCUUUCUCCCAGCCCGGUGGGAUGGGUGUCAACGUGGAGGUGGGGGCAGCACCCCUCUCAGUAGAGAGGAUUCAGAGUAUAGCAGAACCACAGCAUGCGACACCCGCAGUGGGUUCAGAAGCCCCUAAAGACCACAGCCCCAUGCUGCCUGAACCCCAGACUCCUCGCAGCCCUUUGGAUCUGUCAUCAGGUGCUUUAGGCGACUGCUGGCCAGACGAGGCUAGCUGCCUACCGACAGACCUCCCUUUCAGCCCCAGCGUUUCCACAGUUAUUAGUCUCCAUGCCGGCCAUCUCGCUGUCAGCCAUGACGACCCACCUGACACUUGGCCUAGCCGAGAGAGCACCGCCUAUGCUGGGGGCGACGAAAGGGAACAAGAAGGUUCAGACCGAAAACAGAAGAAGAAGAAGAAAAGGCGACAGAAAGACGAGGGCCCUUAUGAGCACCUCGAGAGCAGGGGUCACCCUGAAGUGCAAGCAGAAAACACUCCCCCAACGGAGGAGUUCUACCACAGGAUUGGCCCAAGGCGGGAUAGAGGAGAUGGGUGCUGGGAGGAGCAACUUGGGAAAAGUGGAGGCCGGGGGAAGAAGGGUAAGAGCAGGAAGAAGCUUCCAGAGGAGUGGGGAGUGUCGGCAGAACCGUUUGUCCCUUCGGCCGCAGCGACCUCUCAAGUCACAGAGGAGGUGAUGAUGGAACUGAGGAGUUCUGUUCAGGCAAACGAGGAGGCCUCGUUUGCGGACAUGGACGCCAGCCAGAGCCCCUGGAAAAAGGAAGUCUACCCCGAAGAAGGCCUGGUCCCUUCCCCCCUGUCUGAGGACCUAUUCUCCCCAACAGUUGCUUCCAUCAACCCACUGGUGCUGAACAGCGAGCUGAAAGCCACAGCGGCCCCGUUCACUAUGCCCUCCACCACCAACAGUGCAACACCUGGCUCCUUCCCCAUGGCUCCUCGCCCUGGUGAUCCAUUUGACCUCCUGAUGGAGACUGAAAAUGCAAGCUUAGGCAACAGCAGCCAGGGCUUUUCACCUGGUGGUGACAUGGUUGUCAGCGCAAUGUGUAACACAAGUUCCCUCCACGAGUCUUGUGUGCGUGGCAUACCUGAGGGAGACACGUCUCCUUUUAGCCCCGCCUCCCAGCCAAGCCCUUCCCCGAAAGGCGAGGUGUUAGCCUCGGCCCCACCUCUCUCACCCUCCGAUGCUUCAUGGCUCCUGAACGACUCCAACAUGAGCAGCAACAGUGAGCUAUUUGACUUCAGUGACGUGAGCACUUCAGGUCAUCCUUUAACCUUGGGGCUGUCCUUUGACACUCCUUGCCCAGCCCCUCUCCGCUCCCCCAAAACCACAGCGCAGGAAUUCCAACCCAAAGAGCAAAAAUAUGCCGAAUCGGCCCAGAAGCAACCCAAGUAUUCUCGUUCUUCAUCAUCAUCCUCCUCUGUAAAGAGUCCCACUUCCCCAGGGGAAAAUCAUUUCCCUCCACAAGCACCCCCAGUCCUCAGCCCCUCCUACCCUCAAGCGACAAGCCCUGGAUCUGGUCUUAACCCUACAGCUAAGCCCUUCUUUCCCAGCUUUGCUGAUCCCAUGGAAGAACCAGCUGUGGUCCCUCCAGUUACCCCCAUCACCGAAGUAAAAUCUGACAAGAUGGACAAGGCAGAGAAGAACGAGGAAAAGUCAGAGGACAGCGUGAAGAACAUGGACCUGUUCGACCCUCUGUUUGAUAGAGCUGAGCAGAAGAGCGUGAAGGUGGAAUACGCAAUCAGUGAGACUCCAGCCAAGGUGGAGAAAGAGAUGGAGAAGGAGAAACAGUCAGAGACACAGAAAGAGGAGAAGGAGGCAGAGACACAGAAAGAGAAGGAGAAGGAGAAGGAGGCAGAUACACAGAAAGAGAUGGAGAAGGAGAAACAGGCAGAGACACAGAAAGAGAAGGAGAAAGAGAUGAAGGAUGCAGGAAAAGCAAAAGAGGAGAAAGAGACGGACAAAGUGAAGGUGACAGAGAAAGUGGAGUCAAUUGAGCAGAAGGCAGAAAAGGAGGACUGGAUAAACAAGGUCGAAGAAUCACAGGAUAAAUUGUUGAAGAUGGAGAAAGUAGUAAAAAUGGAGACGACAGAGGUAGAGAGCAAAGUGGAGAAAGCCAAGGGUGUGGGAAAAGUGGACAAAAAUGAAAAGUCCACCGUGCACGACAAAACAGAGAAGCUUGAGCAAACAGAGAUGAAGGAUGGCAAUGAGCAGCACACGGACAAAGCGGAGAAGACCCCGGAGCAACAGCCGACACCCGUCAAGCUCGAUACCGGUUCUGACGAGCUGGAGAAGAAGGCCGUCGUGGAGACAAAGGCAACACCAGACCCCAAGAAAGAGAAGGUCGCCGCAGACCAAAGCAACAUGAUGGAGAAGCCGGCGGAGAUACCAAUGCAGAAGGGCAACAAGGAGGAGAAGCAGGACAAAGUGCAGGCCAACAAAAAGAUUGUGGAGAAAAAGGAUGACAAGAAGGACAAGGCUGCAAGGUCAGACGGAGUAGAGAAGGCCAAAAAAGCAAAACCUGCAACCAAUGGAAGCAGUGCCCCCUUGAGUAGGGACCUGGCAGUGGGGAAGACAAAGCCGGCUGCUGGGGUGACCAAGCCGAGCGCUUCCGCUAAAACACGUGUGGGUACCACAGCUGCCGGUGGCUCGGUCACAGCUCCGACUAAGCGCCCCACAUCCUCCACCACCACCACCACCUCCAUCUCAGACAAAAAAACAACCACAGCCAAGGCUUUAUCCACAGCCGCUGCUGGUCCAAAGAGGCCCUCAACCUCUUCCACCAGCCGCCCUGCAUCCUCCACCACUACUACCACUGCACGUGAUGUCAGACCCAAGACAACUACGGAAAGGCGCCCCCUUGUGCCAAAGCCCAGCACCACCACCUCAACAGGCUCCACCGCUGCCCCCAAAAAUGGAACCGCAUCAACGCGCACAACGGCGCCUACUCGCACCGCUAUCACCACUGCAGCCAGAAGGCCUCUGGCCCCCAAGAUAGACAGCAAAGCGGGAGAGGAGAAGAAGCCUGGCGCUCUGAGGACUUCUACAGCAGAUUCUACCAAGCCCAAGACCAGCACCACCACCACCCGCAGCACCGCUUCCACCGCCACUGCGUCCCGUACCCGAACCACAGCAUCCAAACCGGCCAUGCCCUCCUCCUCCACCACUGGCGCGGUACCAGAGAAGAAGCCCACGGUGCCACGCACCCCUCGGCCCACUUCCUCAACCACCACCACCGCCUCAAGGAACAUGGCUCGCCCCAGCACAGCACCGAUCCCCGAUGUCCGCCAAGCCCGCUCCAAGAUCGGCUCCACGGACAACAUGAAGCACCAGCCUGGUGGAGGGAAGGUGCCAUCCACCUCUCAGAGCAGGGCCGCCGCCUCCAAAGAAGCCAGCCUGGGCAAAGUGCAGAUCCUCAACAAGAAGGUGGACUUGAGUAAGGUGACAUCCAAGUGCGGCUCCAAGGACAACAUCAAGCACAAGCCUGGCGGAGGCGUCGUGAAGAUCGAGUCCCUCAAAGUGAGCUUCAGGGAAAAGGCUCAGUCCAAAGUGGGCUCCGUGGACAACCUGAGCCAUUCACCUGGUGGAGGAGAAGCCAAGGCCGAGGGGGCCCAGGAAACGACAGAAGGGUGUGGCACCUUGGCUCCGGGCCCUGAGCCAGGGCCGCCAGGGAGCCCUGCCACCCAGGAGAACGGGCUGAAGGAGGGUUCUGCCUGCGAUGCUGAGGGCCUCCGGGAGCCCCAGGCUCUGGACUCGCGCAUCCCAGAGACAAGCAUCUAAUUCUUCUAUCCCUCUGCCCUCCUCAUCUCAACCUCCCCACCGCAACAUCACCUCCUCCUCCCCUUUUCUCGCCUGUGUUUUUUUUGUUCUCCCUUACCCCCUCCUUUCCCUUUUUUUUUUCUUCCAACCUUUCUGCCGCAGAUUGAGUCGUUCAAGCUCAACUUCCGCGAGGAUGCUCGCUCUCGCACGGACCACGACCCCGACAUCAUUACCUGGCCGGCCCCCCAGGACGACAACAACAACAGACCCCGCCCACACAGCUCCUUCCAUUCUCUACACCACCACCACUACCCACCGACUCUCCGCAGUGUCUCCCUCAGUGAAUCUUUCGGCUCCUGCAGGCCCCGUCAGCUCCCCCUAUGCCCCCUCCUUGAUGCAUCUUCAGGGGGGUGGGGUUCAGGGGGGCGACAGCAGCUCCUUCAAGGGAUCUCCUUUCUUUCCCACCAUCGAGCCCCAAGAACCCCUUUCAUCCUAAAUCUGUCGUUGCACAUUUUUGAACCGGCCAUCUAGUUACGAUUUCAUGUUAUCAUGCCGCCAAGCUCUUCAUCAUGCGCUAUAGCAACCCCCUUCCCCUCCACUAUGUUUGGCUGAAGUGACUGUAUAGCCUAAGCUUAAAGAUCUAUGUGGAGUAAAAUGUUUUUUUCUCACAUAUACGGCUGCUGUAAUCAGUGGGUUCCCCUCGGAUCCUCUGGUGGCGCACCCUGACACCCCCACACCAUCUCACCUCCUACACACAAUAAGCAAUGAUCCCAGCAUGGUAAACCCCCACGGCCUCUAUCAAACGCAUAGCUUCUCUUUUUCCUCGUGACUCCAGGGGCCGUUUGUUUCCCGAUGACCGGUUCGCCUCCGCUUCAGUGACAUCACAGUAAUUCAUCGUGCAUCUCAUCCGCUUCAACGCCCUCACUAUCAAUCACCAUAAACAAGCUGACAAACAAAAAGCAACGCUAGACAAGAAGUAGGCCGUUUGAACCAUUUUAGGCUGUUUAACUCUUUAUUCUCUGUGUUUGUGAUGGUGUGUUUGAGUGACAAAAAUUGUGUAAAAAUGAGCUUUGGUGUUCUGUUCGGAUCUUAUUUCUGUCUCUCUCAUUCUCUCGUUUUCUUCUUUCGUUUCUCCUAGUUUCUUAAUUUUUAAAGCUAGGUUUUAUUUAUUUAUUGUAAAUUUCUUCCCGCGCGAGCAAUACAGCAGGCGGUCUUUUAUCUCCGACAUUACAGUUUUGGAAUCAUGCACAGUUUUUUUGUAAACCAAGACACACAGCGAAGAUAUUCACAGGGAGGGAGAAAGUGAGAGGGAAAGUGUUGCUAGAAUGGGCAGAGAGCGUUCAAGGCUAAACACGUGUUGCAACCUGGAAGUUUAAAAAAGAUGCAACAGGGUAAGUAGCUACAGGAGAGAAGCUUGAGCUGAGCAUGUACUCCAGAGGGAGAUGAGGAAGCUGUCUGAACGUCUCCUGUGUGGUCUCGUAUGUCCCUCCUGACCUGAAAAAACUUCCCUAAGCUCAGACGACGCAGGCUCACGCCUCAAACCGCUCAGACGUAGUGAAUAUCAUAGGUGAUUCCUCGAGUUGUGAGUCCCUUUUCGGGCAUCUCUAUGAGGGUUGUGCUAGCAUGUGGUGUGACGGUGUGUGUGUCUCGAACACUUUAUUAUUGUUGGGAGUAUUAGCAGUGCAACACGGUGUGGCUUUAUACUCUUCUCUUGUAGCAAUGUAUUCAACGGUUGCCUCCAAAUGCCUUUAUAAUGCAUGGCCCGAUGAUAUCAGCCUUUGUGCAUCAUAACGCCAUGUGUUGUGGUUUGGUACCAUAUGUAUAUCUCGGGGGCAAUCCUGGACGGUCGAUGUGUCGUUACGCAAACUAUGAAUUUUACCACCGACGCUUGUUGCAACUCAUUAAUUCUACCGCUUGGAGCUAGCUGCAGAUUUGUAUACAGUGACUCAAACAUACAAUGAUGACAACAAGUUGUAGUAUUGUUAUUUUUUUCAAAUAGAUUCUGCUCCUCGUUAACUUGUCAGCCAUCAAUGCAUCGUUGCAUCGCUCAGUUCCAAGUAUAGUUUCGUAAAAAAAAGUGCUGGGUAUCGUCUGGAAUGUAUCAGUCUCGCUACUAAACCUUAAAAUCUUAAACCUGCAUCAUUUUUUCGUGGGGGCCUCUUGGAAUUAAAUGUUUUGUUUUAUUAGCCCAAUAUCACGAAACACAAAUUUGCCUCAGAGUGGUUUACACUCUGUGAACGUGACAUCUUCUGUCCUUGGACCCUCGUAUCAGAAAAAGGAAAGACUCCCCCCAAAAAAGACAAACCUUAACGUGGGAAAGCAGCACAAACAAACUGUUAUUAAGGCAAACUUGUUUGCACACAUUCAUCCAGCAUCCACAUACACAUUAUGUUCGAUGGCGAACGCCUUUGCAGAAAGGACCUGUUUAUUUGUUUAGCUCCGUUGACCGCCCUCUAGACACAACCUGUUCAAAUGGUCACUUUGGCAAUGAUCCCUGAAGAAGCUUUGACGGAACUAAAUUGCACCUUAUUGCUUUAAAAUAUCCAAAAGGGCUCACUGGGAUGGAGUGAUCCCAAGUAGCUUAUUGAAUGACAUUUUGCGCGAUGACAUGAAUAGAGCAAUAAACUGAAUUACAGUGCCCUCAUUACUAUUCAAUCAUGAAACACAGUUGGAUUCAGAUCCAGUCACGAUUUAGUUUCAUAUUGGAAUCCUUUAAAAAUGUUCUGAAAGAGAAAAAAAUAAAAGCCAGGUUUUGAGACAAUAAAUAGGCAAUAAAUUCACGUCUUCUGAACGUGGGGACGAUUCACAUAUGCAGAUGUUGGAGUUCCCUUUCUGCCAGUUGAGGCUCGAGUGAUGUGAAAAAGUGUAGCUGUCAUCAAAAAGUUGAAUCGCUUUGUUUGUGCCCUGACUGUCGCAUAGCUCCAUUCACUCCUCGUGCCUGUCCUCAAACACAGUUUAGCUCCAGAGUUUUUACUCUCCACUUCUUGUGAGAUUGCACACGGAUGUAUAUAGAUAUUUUAUUGUCGAUGCACUCUUCAAGGUUCUUCAAAAGAACAAAAGACAGUUGGGGGUUUGGUUCUUGGCUCAGAACAGCUUUCAUGUCCAUGCACCUUUCAUGGUUCUGCGGGGAGGAGGCGUUUUUAUUACGACUAUUAUUCUGAUUAUUAGCAUGACAAAAUUGAAAAGGCCCACCCUUUUCAUCAGAAAGGGGCCACUGAAGUGAAAGAAUGUCUUUUGAGAUAUAUUGAACGAAAGACGCAACACUUUUGCAUAUGUAUUUAUCGUUGAGCCGUUGUGGUCGUGCUCUCGCGGCCGGACGGACGAUACUUCCGAUUUCCGAAAACAAACCGUGUCCUCCGCAAGGAGAUUUGAACCCCAUUCCAACACUGAGAAAGACUUUCAAAUCUGGUUGUAUUUAAAGCGCUGUAACGGCAGCUCGAUCUUAGAAAUGUUGAACUGGCGGAAGUAGAGCUUGAUCCCUUUCCACUGUUGAAGCCCAGUCUUAAGAGAUGAGGAUAAUGUUCGGACUACCUGGUAAACACAGUGACACAUGACACUGCACAUCACAGUGGGCAAAGGGAAUCUCUUGUUCAAGCAAGACCCUCAAGGGCAGAGGUUGAUGCGUUGGCUUGUUCAUUUGGAAGUAAUGCAUAUUAACCAUGGAGGGGAGUUGCACACACCGAGACCCUAACGCAUCCUCGUCUGAGGUUAUCUAACCGUAGUAGUGAGGUUUGGCUUGUGGAAUAAAUGCUCCUCAGUAAUCUUCCGCCUGUAGAGCUUCAUCUGCCGCCGCUGCACUCAUGUAAGAGUCACACUCACUAACAAACACGACCGUACCUGCAGAGCAUGCUGACAAACAGGGGAUGUGUUGGGUAGACUGACUGUGUCAUUGGCAGAACCUCAUUGUUCCUUUUUUCCUUCAUUGAUUUUUAUUGUAUUUUUGGGUUUGGAAAAAAUAGUGUUUAUUGUGAUUACUUGUUAAUUAGUGAUGUGAUUAUUGAACAUGAAAUAAAAAUGGACUACAACUCUAA